UCCCUCCUGUCACAGAGGAGCAUGAAGGGACACUCUUAGAUAUGGUGCGACAGACCAGGGUUGCACAGUUAAUGUGGACGAUACCUGACAGAACCAGAGCCCAAGGGACAGCUGAAGACAUGUUGCUCAGACGUCCUGCUCACAUACCUAGGAAUUGUGUGUUACUGACUGGUCCUCCCAGCAUUCAUGGAGGUGUGGAUGCCCUCUGCCUGAGAGAUGGACUUUUGGAUUUAAUGAAGAUUGCAUGAAGAACUUGUGCACAAAGUCACCAUUUGAUGGAUACAGCGGUUCUUCGGCAGAGAGAAGAGAGUGUUACAUGCAUAUUUCACUUCUGGACCAAACUGACACCUAAUGUCACACAAACAUAGAACCAUGGGCAACAUUGUUGCUUCCACAUUAAACAACCCCAAUGCUACUGACCACAACGCAAGCCAGCACGAAAACCUGGAAGCCUCCUACAUCAAAAAGAUAUCCCACCUGGACGAGGACCUCUACCAGGACUUCUACAGCCUCUGGACCACCCUCAUGGUGGUCAACACGCUCAUGUUCGUGGUGGGCGUCGUGCUCAACAGCCUGGCUCUGUACGUCUUCUGCGUGCGGACGCGAACGGCCACCGCCCCGGUCAUCUACACCAUCAACCUGGCGGUGGCCGACCUCUUGGUGGCGCUGUCGCUCCCGGCGCGCAUCGCCCUGUACUACAGCGGCGGCAGGUGUCAGGCGUGCGUGCACGUGCACACCUUCAGCUACUUCGUCAACAUGUACUGCAGCAUCCUGUUCCUGACCAGCAUCUGCGUCGACCGCUACCUGGCGGUGGUGUGGGCGGCCGGCGGGGCGGCCAGCCUGCGCUGGAGGAGCCCCGGGGUCGCGCGCGGGGUCAGCGCGGGCGUCUGGAUCUUCGCCGUGGUCACCACCUACUCGCUGCAGACCACGGCGGCCAUGGAUUUCAGCGGCUCAGGGUCAUCAGGGUCGUCAGGGUCGUCGGGGUCGUCGGGGUCGGGGUCGGCGUGCUGCCGGCUGCCCUUGCUGUUCGCGCUGACCGUUCUGGAGUUCGUGCUGCCGCUGCUGGCCAUCGUGGGCUUCACGGCGCGCGUGGCGUGCGCGCUGGCCGACCGCCGCCUCAUGGCCCAGAGCCGCGGACGCCGUCGCCGGGCCGUGCGCCUCCUGGUGGCCGUGCUGCUGGUCUUCGCCGUCUGCUUCACGCCCUUCCACGUGCGCCAGGCCGUGGUCUACUUCGGCCUGGGCGGCAGCCGGGCGCAGCACGUGGUGGCGUACCACGCCACCGUCACCCUCAGCAGCCUCAACAGCUGCCUGGACCCCGUGGUCUACUGCUUCGUGCCCGACGGCGUGCGCUCGACGCUGGCCCUGACCCGGCCCUACCGGCUGGCCCUCGGGUGGGGGGGGAGAGGCGGGCCGGACGGAGGAGGAGGAGACGGCGUGUCGUCCACAGAACUGCCUGUGUGA